GAUGAGCAGUCCUGUCUUAGAAUAUGGAUUUCUCAGUGCAAAAGAUUUGUAGCAGCCCUGGGCAGGAAGGCAUGUGCGAGAGAGAAACAAAUCACAGCUUCUACUGUAACCAAUAUUUAAGUACAUCUAAUUUCUCUCUCUCCACCACCUUCUUCCCUCUCCCUUUUGCUCUCCACCUUUCCAGGUUCUGACCUCCCUGCGGGGCCGGAGUGGGGCUCUCUAUGUUAACUCCGUAAGGCGUUGUGUGCACUAAUGGCACGGGGUAAAUCAUAAUAAAGCGGAGAGACUGGAUUGUGCGCAUAUAGAUAACCUGUGAGCCUAAGAGACUCGUGGGGAAAAUUUGGAUGGAACGGAAAGUCGUUGGAAAAGCACCUGGCCUUUCCCGCCUCAGAUUGAGGGCUACGAAGCGAGGUGCCUUGAAAGCAGAACCGCGGGUGGGCGAAAUCUCACUUCGUAGGCUGGGACUCGGGAGGGUCCAUUUUGGCCAUGAAAAGGGGGAGCGUGAGGCUGCGGCGGAGGUCCUAAGGCGGGAAGGGGAGACCACCUAACCCAGGGACGGGACGUUGUUAGCGGGCUGGGGGACGAAACGGGCUCUAUAUUGGCUGAGGUAAAAGGGAGGAAGGGCGAGCAGAGAGAGACCCAGCGCGACUGCCGGUCGGGGAAGUCUGAGAUAGGCAGGCAGCAGGCAGGCGCAGGGGGAAGAACGUGGCGCGGACGCUCGAGCUGGGCCCGUCGGAGGAAGCGGAGCCGGGGAGGAAGGAAGACCCAGCCUGCGGCCGCCCCCCGACACUGGGCCAGCGCCGGGGGUCGGUCUCUUACCGUCGGUAACAGCUCCCAUGGCGAUGGCGGCAGCGGCUGAUGUAGAAGUCGGUCUGGGCGGUGGCGGCGACGGCGGCGGAGAGUGAGGUGGGUCCGGCUCAGGCGGCCGCUUCCCACAAUGCAGCAGCAGCAGCAGCGACGACGGCGGCGGCGGCGGCAGCCGGACUAAACAAAUAUAAGAAAGAAGAAACUUCCACAGUUCAGACAGAUGAUGAUCAAUUGAUAUACCAACCCUGAGUUUAACCAGACUUUUAAGCAGCGGAAAGAAUGUCGGCGCGGGCCGUGGUUGACGUCAGAGGGGAGCAACGCAGAGCGGCGGCGGCGGCGGCGGCCAGCAGGCAGCAGCGACGGCCCCGGCACGGAGGAGGCGGCAGCGCAGGCGAGAGCGGCCCCGGCCCCGGCCCCGGCCCCGCCAGCACGGCUCCGGCUACCAGCGCGGCAAUGGCGACCGUCGGGGAACGUAGGUCUUUGCCUAGCCCGGAGGCGAUGCUGGGGCAGCCCUGGAGCCUCUGGGUCGAUGCUGCUAAACUUCACGGGAACGAUGGAGCAGCCUUGGAAGAAAGUUUCAAGGAAUAUGGGAAAAACCGAGAAGCGAUGCGACUCUGUAGAGAAGAUAUGCCAAUAUUUGGUCUUUACCCAGCUCAUGAUGAUUUCUAUUUGGUGAUGUGUAACCACUGUAAUCAGGUCGUAAAACCACAGGCAUUUCAAUCACAUUAUGAAAGAAGACACAGUUCCGCCAACAAGCCGCCUUUAACCUCUCCCUCCCCUUCAGUAUUUUCCCUCUUUUCGUCUCUGUCUUCAAAAAGCAAAGGUAGCAGUGGAGGUGGGAGCAGUCGCCCAUCCAGUGGUGGAGGUGGGGGUACUAGUGCAUCAUCGUCAUCCAGUACCAAGUUGUCAAAAUCAUCCAAAGACAAGGUGCAAAUCAGUGGAAACAAGUCAGUGCAUCUGGUACAUAGCAAAGGUCCCCAUGAAAAAAUCAUGCCUCCAUCUGUCAAAGUGGAAAAAAUACAUCCAAAGAUAGAUGGUCCAACCUGUUCUACUACUGUGAGCUCCUCAAUAAAGACUGGCCUUAAUCCCUCAAUACCAAAGCCACCCUUGCCUUCCCCUGGACAGAUACUGAAUGGUAAAGGUCUUCUUUCUGUGCCUCCAUAUUUGGAAAAGAAACAUGAUGAGACUACAAAUAAUAGGAAAUUCUUACACACAAGAUUGUCACAGAGAGAAUUUGAUCCUGAUAUCUACUGUGGUGUUAUUGACGUGGAAACUAAGAAACCCUGUACUAGGUCUUUGACAUGCAAGACACAUUCCCUAACUCAACGGAGAGCUGUACAGGGUCGAAGAAAACGAUUUGAUUUAUUAUUAGCUGAGCACAAAAGCAAAACCAGGGACAAAGAAUUACUCCGCCAUUUGGAUCAUCAUCAGCAGAUACCCCCUCUCAGGGAACCACAUCCCUCACCUUCAAGAACUUCCCAGGAGCUGCACCAAAAUUCUCAUGGAGUUAUUCCUACAGAAUCAAAGCCUUUAGUACCUAAUAAACCCAAACCUCACACCCCCAGUCUUCCAAGGCCUCCAGGCUGUCCAGCCCAGCACAGUGGGAAUGCCCCAAGUGAGUCUUCAACAGUUCACGAAUCUCCACACGCUCCCUUACCUGCAGCGGAUCCUGCAUCUCGGUUAUCCAGUGAUGAGGGGGAAUGUGAUGAAAAAGAAGAGCCUGUUGAAAAACUGGAUUGUCUUUAUUCAGAUCAUCAUCCUCAGCCAGCUGCGUUUUGCACAUUUGGUAGUCGACAAAUUGGCAGAGGUUACUAUGUGUUUGAUAAGCGGUGGAACCAUAUCCGAUGUGCACUUAAUGUAAUGGUGGACAAGCAUCUUAACUCUCAGAUGUGGAAGAAAAUUCCUCCAGCAUCAAGCAACACUGCAUCCAUACGUGCUCCGCACCGGACAAACUCAACCCCAGUGUCUCAGUACAGCACCAGUACAACAGGUUUCCUCUUACCCACCACAACUAUGUCCUCGCCAGUGCUCAUGACUCCUUCCUGUUUAUCUCUUAGUGGCAAAUCGGUACCAUCACACGGGACUACGCUAAAUGCCAACCCUGCUAGUUUUGGUGCAGCAGAACCUGUCUGCAAUAUGCAAUCGAGACAAGUGUCUUCAUCCCCUUCAACACCUCCAGUGCUUUCCUCAGUAUCUUCACCUCUGUCCAGCAAACCUCAGAAAUUAAAAUCCAGCAAGUCUUUUAAGCCUAAGGAACCUUCCGCUAGCAGCGCCAACUGUAACAGUAGCAACAGCAGCGGUGGCAGCUCAGGAAAGAAGCGUAAAAACGGUUCUGCGCUGCCAGCACCUUCUUCUCAUUCCACAGAGUCCUUUAGGAAAAACUGUGUGGUUAACUCUGGCAACUCUGGGGCUUCUUAUCACUCGUCUGUGAUGUCUUCAUCCCACAGUGUUGGCCUCAAUUGUAUGACUAGUAAAGCUAACUCAGUUAGCCUCAAACAUGACCAAUCAGGGAGGGGCCCGCCAACUGGGAGCCCUGCAGAAUCGAUAAAAAGAAUGAGUGUGAUGGUGAACAGUGGCGAUUCCACUCUCUCAUUGGGGCCGUUCAUUCACCAGUCUAGCGAACUGACUGUAAAUUCGCACAGCGGGUUUUCACAUUCGCAUCCUUCCCUAGAGAAAUUCAUAGGAAAGAAAAGAAAGUGCUCGCCUGGUUCAAGCAGCAUAAACAGCAGCAGCAAAGCAAACAAGGUUGCCAAAUUGCCACCGGUGAACAACAUUCACACUAAACACACUGGUGCAAUCCCAGGGACUCAAGGACUGAUGAACAAUUCUAUUCUUCAUCAGCCAAAGGCUCGUCCCUAGCAGUUGAAAGUACCAUGGUAAGAAAAGAACUGGAUUAUUUUCACUACAAGCGAAAAAAUCUCCAUCUGGAAAUUCUGGACUCCAAGAUGCCUUUUGAGUUCUCCCAGCUUCCCACAGUCCUCAGGUGUGGAAAUCUACUGGACUGUCACUCAAUCAAGGAAUUUCCCUGAAGCCAUGUCUGUAGCAGUGAAGCUUGGAAAUGGACACUGGAUUGCCGUUCAGCCACGGAAUUGUUCCUAUCAGUGUUACCAGUGGUCUGGACUGCUUGCUACAAAUCCUGUGAGAUUUUCCUCACAAGAGUAAAUAAUCUUGCCACUAUUUGAUUUAGAUUGGUUGGGCAAAAAAAUGUUUGGGGAAACAUUACUGUGGACUUGUUUUUCUUUCUUCUGAUGGUGUCAUAGGCUUACUUAAUCGCCAUUUUGGCACUGUCUAGUGAAAACCCCUCAAGAAGGGGGCACAAUAUGUUAGGCACAAUUUUAAAAAAAUCCCUCAAGAAGGGAAUAUGGCUUUAGUGUUUUAUAGCAAUGAUCCUUGAUUGGAAUACAAAAUAGCACAAUUUAGAAACAAAUAGUUGACAUUUUGCCCAGCCUUUUGCAAGUAAUUUGGGAUAAGAAGCUGUCAGGAGUUCUAAAAAAAAAAAAAAAAAAGUGGGGUGGGAGUAGGGAAAAACCUGAUUGUGGCCAUCACUCUAAAAGAAUAACCAUGUUUAAAUAAUGAAAUUACAUGGUACAAAACAAUUUUAUGAGCGUCGUCGACCAAGCACAUCUGUUCCACAUGCUUCAUUUCAGUGGAGUUUGUAUGGCAUUCCUGUACAAUCCCCAUUGAAAUGAAUAGAGGUUAUACGGUAACAGUGUUUGGAGGAGGACUGUGCCUACUUGAUUUUGAAGAGAGAGAGAAAGCUUUGAUUUAAAAAAACAAAAACCCAGUUGCAAAACUCUUGAAUCCCAAAUUAUGAAUGACCUCAAAACUAUUCCCAAAGAACCUAUUUCUUGACCUAUACUGUAUGCCAUAAGCCUUUGUUGUUUUGGGGUAGGGUGGAGAAAACAUGCCAAUUUAAGUUGGUUGUACCAUCCAACCUUUAAAAAACAAAAACAAAAUACAGACCUUGUAAAACUGAAUCUCAAACAUUUUAAAAUACUGAAUUCUCAGUGCUGUUUUCUUGAAAGACUUUUCAGUAAGUCGAUGCCUUGUUCACACAACCAAAUUCGUACACCAUGUUUUCUAAAACCCACAUUUUUUCUGAUGACUGCAUUAAGUGCCAGUUCAGAUUCUGAGCUCAGUAUUAAAUAUGCCACUUGUGUUGCCAUCAGCUUUCACAAGUGCAGUCAUCUUGUGAGCAAAAGAGUUUUAAAACAUGCCAUCCUAUCCCCACAUGGUCAUUUUUUCCUAUGAGAAACUUUAUUUUUUGAAAGUGUAAUCCUCAGAAGGGCUUUAACAUUGUCAUAUGAUCUGAUUAUUUGUAACAGUGCUAGAACUUGAAAUGCACCUGGAAUUUUGCAUAUUUCAUCAUGUAAAAGGAAGAGAAAGUAUGAACCCCAAACAAAAAGGCAUAAUUCAUGAGGAGUUUUCCUUCUGCAAGUCCAUAAAAAUGACCGGAAGUCCAUUUUAAUGGGUUGUAUGUCUCAUAGAUUCAGAUAGGUCAUUUUUCUCUCACAAUAAUGACUUGCUUUUGCAGUUAUCAGGUGAGGCUAGAUUGUCUGAGGGCACCAGUGAUGGACUCUGCUGAAACUACACUUUCAGGAAGCAAGAAAAAGCACGGCUUUUAAAAGUGGCAGCUGCAGAAUGCAUUGUGCUUUGAGAUCCCAUCAGAUCACCAAGUGCUGUUUCGUUCUUCCCACUUGAUAAAUGUGUGGCCAAAAAGCUGACAUUCAUUGAGGAAGAAAACUGUUUUCUGAGUCUACUUUCAACAGGGCUUGCACAGAAGAGCUCUCUGGACCAAAUUUCAGGUUAAGUUAAACUCAUAGUUUUGCCCUCCGUGACUUUCCCCCCAAACUUAAAUUGUACUCAUUAAAGAUAUUUAAUGCUUGUGCCGAUGUCCUGAUGAAAACCGUGCCCUUGAAGCUGCUAUAAUUCCCUGGAGUGAAACUUCUAUUGACAUCAAUGGAAGCUUGCUUCCUAGGCGUAAUAGCAGUUCCAGUGGAGUGAUUUUUCAUUGGGACUGUGGUGCAAGACAGAAGGGUUAAAUACCCCCUCCCUAUGCUUUAUAGUUCUGAUUGGGUUCCCUGUGGUUGUUCAAGUUUGAAAAGAGAUCAUGGGUGAAGGGCAGACUUCAUGCUUAAUGUAACAUGUAGCUUGGUCCUCAAUGGAAUGUGCCUGUAGACUUCUGCCUUAAAAGGGCACCAGAUAUUGCUGAGAUUAGACAAUCUGAGCCUAUCCUAUUCAUCACAAAGCCCAACCUCCCUCCCUAAUAUGGUGGUGCAUAGCACAUCAGGGAUUCUAACGCUGCUACAAGCAGCAGCUGCUUGGGUUUUCUACCUGUUGAGGUUUUCAAAUCAGCAUGAAUUUGCUGCUGGAUUAUUAAAACACAGUGAAUCAACAAGACUCUAUGCAGACAACUACAAAGCCUUGAGUUCAUAAAAGAUCAUGGUUUGUUUUUUAAAAAAAGGGAAAAUACCUUGAAUGGUUAUGAUUAUGCAAAUAUUAAAAAUUACUGCAUAUUGGGAGAAGAGAAGGUUUAAACAGCCCUUCAGUGAUAAAAAUGCUAUAAAAUGUUAAAACCUCUUAAUUGGCUUAUUUCGGGAAGGGGGAUGGGGUGGGGUGGGGACAACCAAAGUAAUGUAUCUGCUCUGCAGAAAGAAAAGAGACACUGGCUACAUCUCUGUGUUGGAUAUUUUCAAUCACAAGUGCAAUUUGGUUUUGAUAGAUUUACCUUCGAAAGCUGACAAAUUUUUCAUAAGUUAAACCUUAGUGGCUUUAAGUACUCAAACAUCUUUGUUUUGUAAAGAUUAUGUUGCUCUGAAAGCAUCAAAGCAAGUCCAGGCUCCUUGAAAAGCAUGUAGAUCUCUGUAAAGGCAGUUAACUGUGCUUAGUUUUAAAUGGAUUGCAGCUAUGGGCCCAAUUCCACUGUGAAUGGUCCGUCUGCAUUGCAAGCCAUGUUGAAAUGAACGGGAGCUUCACACAAACACAGCCAUGCUCUUAUACAAAUCUCACUGUGUUCAGUGGGGCUUAUAUAAGAGGCAUUCCAGGAUGGAAUUGUGUCCUGUAUCUGUUUAUGGCUCAUAAUUCUAAACCUUACCAUGAAUAGAACCAGAGGAUGUCUUAAUUUAUGCCUGCCCUCAAAGUGUAGACUUGCUUAACAAUUUACACAAACAGUAUUCCAUUUGGGGGCUUAGUAAUAAAUGGAAUAAUUGUUUUUGAAGCUUUUAUUGUCUGACAACAUUCUUGUAAAUAAUUGAGGACUCUUCAACUUAAUUUAUCUUGCAAGAUUUGCAGUGGCUGGGUUGUUUCUAGAAAGAUUUUGGUAUUAAUUUAAGAGAUAAAAAUUUUUUAUAGUCUUUCCAGCUUCUCAUUAUGACUCCUGCAGUUUUCUUAACCUAAAAAAAUUGUUGCAAUGAUGAACGAAAAAUUAUACAAAAAUAAUGAAUCCCAUACUUUUGUAUCUUUAUUUUGGAAUUUCUUGUUCUAUUAUAAAUAUUGAAGUAUCCCUAUUUCAGAAGACAUAUUUUGUUAAUUGACUGUACAUAUUUAAAUAUGUAUUUUUGCACAGGUCUUUUUUUUUCUUAUAUCCAGUUUUGGUACAAUUGAAAAUCAUCUAGUAUUUAUUAAUUAAAAAGAAAAAAAAGCAAA